UGAAAAACACGAUAUAUCUAAAAAGUGCUCAUUUAGUACUUGUUUCUCGUGCUAUCAUGUCGCCGCUUUUAGUGGUCAUAUGUACCCUUCUUCUGGUGUAUAAACUAUACAGAUUUCUUUACGAUAAACCACCUAAUACACCUCCAGGUAUCAUCAGACUUCCGAUAGGAGGAUGUUACUUGCUAUUGCUUUGGGGAAAUUAUAAGUUUCCACACUUGACCAUCGAUUAUUAUGUGAAAAAAUUGAAGUCAAAAAUUAUCAGCUGCUAUAUGGGUAAUUACUUUGCAAUAAUAGUGAACGAUUACGAAAGCAUAAAAGAAGUACUCUCAAGGAGUGAAUUUGAUGGGCGACUUACGAAUGUGCAUCAUAUAAAAGAUCGAGCGUUCGGAAAGGAAUUAGGUAUAUUUUUUACUGACGGCGACAAAUGGAGCGAACUGAGAAGAUUUGCCCUUCGUCAUAUGCGCGAUUUUGGAUUCGGUCGACGCCAGGAAAAGCUUGAGAGCGAAAUCAUGGAUGAGACGUCCAUACUCCUCGAUAUCUUGAAGAACGGACCCGUUUAUGAUGGAGAGAAGGAAAUACUAAAGGGCAACUUGGCGCUUUUCCCGGACAUUCUGUACGCGUCGUCGGGUAACAACAUAUGGAACAUUCUGUUCGGUUACAGACUUGAUAGAACCGAGCACGAUAUUCUGCUACGUUUCGGUCGUGCAGUUACGUUGUUUCAAAGCGCAAACGAUACAACAGGUGGUGCCAUUUUUCAGUAUGAAUUUUUGAAAUAUUUUGGUAAUAUGUUUGGUUAUAAAAAUCACAUGAAGGGAAGCAACAUAUUAAAAGAAAUUAUCCAGAAACAUUUGGAGUUUCACAAAAUCACUUUCGACAAGAAUAAUGAUCGUGGAUUCAUCGAUAAUUAUCUAAAGAAAAUGAAUGAAGAUGAGGCGAAUAGUUUCACAGACGAAGAAUUGAUUAUUUUGUUAAUCGACAUACUGAUGCCGGCUUUUUCAGCGCUACCAGGCACUAUUACUCAUACUAUUAAGUAUUUGAUGCACCAUCCUAGAGUUAUGGAAAAGGUACAAAACGACAUAGAUAACGUUGUCGGGACCGGACGAUUGGCCACGUGGGAAGAUAGAAAACAUUUGCCUUAUUUGGAAGCGAUAAUCCGAGAAGUGAUGAGAAUCGAAACACUCCUACCGCUCAGUAUAAUUCACAGGGCCACGGAAAAUACCACAUUAAAAGGCUACGAUAUACCGGCGGGCACACCGGUUGUCACUAACUUGGCGGCACUGCAUUACGAUCCCGACUUAUGGGGUGAUCCUGAAAUUUUUAGACCGGAAAGAUUUCUGAAGGAGAACGGACAAUUAGUCAAAGACUUUUCGCUUCCCUUCAGUUUCGGUCGUCGACUGUGCAUAGGAGAAACUUAUUCCAGAUACAACUUGUUCGGGACACUGGCUGUUCUAUUACAGAACUUCAACUUCUUCUUCGUGGAGGGUGAGCCAUCGAGCCUUAACGAUAAGGAAUCGGGCAUAAUCGUCAUGCCCAAAGAGCUGUGGAUACGCUUCGAAUUGCGUUAAUAUUGGAUAUUUUCUCAAUAAUACGUAGCUACAAAUAAAUAACAUCUUUCUCGUCAGCUAGAUGAGUAAGUCACAAAUUAUUACGCAAUGCCGAUGUAAAGGUACGUUAUGAAUUUGAUAACAAGUAAUUUUGGUUUGGUAACAACA